AUGUCCACCAUACUAUUCCAGCACUUCUCAAAGCUUCCACUUGAGCUGCAGAAUCAGAUCUGGGACGAAUCUUUACCAGAAAAAGACGCGCCAGCCGUCUUCUUCUACAAACCAGGCUGCUGGGAGGUACAUGUUCCCGUCGCGGGCGACAAACGAUUUGACCCGGAUCGGCCGGGUAGAAAUUGGUUUGUAUUUUUCGAAGACCGAUUAGCGCACACACAUGUCUGCCCUGCACUACUGCGAGUUAACGCCGAAGCAAGGCGCGCCGCAUUACGCUGGGCUCACAGGCUCGGAUACAAGCUACAGUGGAACAAUCGUAAUCAGCCAGUCAUAACGCGGCCCAUGGACAGAGAGACAGACACAUUAUACCUUCCGGAUGAACACAAAGAGGAAUACUUUACAGUCACGGAGGACCUUAUGGAUCAAACCGACAGUGGCCACUCAUACACCAACGACGUGGACGACAGGCCGGUGGCUAUGUCGCAGGGGACCAUUUCAAAGGAUCCGCUGGGGCUCAUACGGGCCUUUAGGGAAUGGAUACACAAUACAUAUCUCAUCCAUGCUGUUGUCGGCAUACCGUUACCCGAAACCGACCUUGUGGCUCUAGAUCCCGGCUUGGACAAUGUUCAGCUGAGACGCUGGGAACUGAGAGACGCUCAGCAACCAAAUACAUACGGUUGGAACCGCAGUAAGGCAUGUUUCUUAUGGGAAGACUUGGGUCAUCAAACCAAGAGAGAUAACGAUAGAAUGUCGGAUGUGGGUGAAGAGGACAUGCGUGAAUGGGCGGAGAGUGCAAUAGACAAUGAAGUAGACCUAUUCGCAGCAGCGCUGGACAAUUAUCCGGUCAUGACAAUUCACCUUGCGCGGAUCCAAUAUAUACCGCCUUGGGAUGAAUAA